UAACUUAAUAAACAGAAAGUGUUGCUGUAAACAUUUUUAUGCUUUUCUCAGUGGUGCUGAUUCAGAACUUUUCUUUCCUCAGUUUUCUCUUAGGUUAUCAUGUCCUUUUGUUUCUGAACAGAGUCUCAGCUGAUCUGGAAAAAAUGAUAUUGUCUCUAGGAUUGUUCAGUAACUUCUCUGAAUCUUUAUCUGAGUUUUUGUCACUCUUUGACCUGAAGAAGCUUAAUAACGGAGCAGUGUGCCUUCCUGUCCUCUCUCCUUUGGAACAUCUUAAAUUUUUUUAGUUCCCAUGUAAUGAAUAGCUUAGGAGAUUUCUCGGAUAUCAAAGACAAUUUCCUGUUACAAAAGCUGUGCUAACUCUUCCUGAAGCCUUGAAGCCAGAUGUAAUUAUUUUGGGUGUUGAUUUUCAUCCCUGCAGAGAGUCGCCUACAAUUUGUAUUUGCAUAGAUAUGGCAAGACCUCUGUAUUGUGGCUGUGGUGACCAUCUCUGAGAUUCCAGACUGUUGGAGCAGGCAUGUGCUGUGGUUGAAAUCAUGCUUUUGUCAACGUCUGGUGUAUAUGUGUCUCAGGGAUACUGCAGCUGAUCUGAAGCUGAUAUAAGAAGGCAUUUCCCUGUACUGCAGCUUCCUGGAAAGAGAGCUGCCUGCAAGGCCAACCCUGAAGAUGUGGACUGCUGUUGUAUUCUUCCUACUGAUCUCCUUCUGUAUAUGCGAAAACAGAUUUUCUGUCCUGAAAGCCAGAGGUGUGCAUGUAGUGCAAAUAAACAGGCUGACAACUGAAAAGCAAUGCAGGCAGGCUUGUAAAGGCCCAGCUGCUUCAGGUAACCAUCAGUGCAACUGGUCUGUGUCCUACCAGAGUCACUGCGUCCUCUUGCGGUGUGACCGGCUAAGUGUGUGCCAGAAUGCUGGAGACCAAGACAUCAGAGAUCUGCUGGGAGAAGUUGUCUUCGGGGAAACUCUCCUGUUUCACCACCAAAGCUAUCAACAGGAAAAAAAGAGGUCAGUAAAUGCACAGGUUGAACAGCGCAACAGAGAAAACCUGUUUUUUUCAACCACUCAGGCUUACAGGAUACGCUUGAGGCAUUUGCUUGCUGCUGACUCAGCAAAUACAGGAGCAACAACAGCUGCAAGCAACAGUACCACCACAGCAGUGACUGCCAGCACUACCACAGUCGUAUCGACUAGCACAAGUAUGACUGUUCUCACUGCGACUUCUGAAACAACUACCAAAGCUUCCAGUGCCUCUGGAAGUCUCCCGACUACAGUCGUGUCAUCCACUGUCUUUUCUCCCUCUCCUGUUAAUGUUACUGCUUCCACUUCCAGCAACAUCACCGAGCUUCCGAUCACCACUGAAAACUUAGGAAAUAGUAGCUUUGGUUCAGUACUGCCUCCUUCUUCCACUUCUACUUCUCCCCUUGCUGCCACUUCUGAAGCAGGUACGAGUGAAACACAGCAGUUUAACCCAGCGAGCACAUCCCGCUCCAGUAGUCUCACUUCUGUUGAAGUUGGGCUGAAGACACCAAGCCCACCAUUAAACACCUCCACCCAGCAGGAUGCCCAGACCUCUGCUGCACUCACCCCCUCUGUGAGUCCACAUUCUGUGAAGCCAACAGCUGUAACAUUGCCAAAAACAAGUAAAGCCUCGACAUUCUUGAGUGAAUCAUCUUCUUUUCAGGGUUCUACCAAAGGUGCCACAGUUUUAACUAUUGGCCCUACAUCAGAAGCUAUGACUGAGCAUGGAAUAAGGUCGACAUUUCACGUUCCCUCUACUAAGCAUACAACCACAGCUCCAGCAAACGCACCUGGUACAACAGCAUUGAGCAUUGCAGAGACUCAGGGCACAAACAGUGAAUAUCUUCUCAUCGCUGCUGAGCCUCUGACUCAGUACUUAGUGGAUAAGAGUUUGCUUCUUGCAGUGCUUUUAUUUGGUACUUUUUUUUUAAUAACUGUUAUAGUUCUUUUUCUCAUGCAGGCUUAUGAAAGUUACAAAAAGAAAGAUUAUACGCAAGUGGAUUACCUGAUCAAUGGAAUGUAUGUGGACUCAGAGAUGUGAAAGGGUGGGGAUAAAGUAAUGGGUAAGAGAGAGGGAAAGGAGACUGAAAACCUACCCAACUUUGUCUUUCCCAUUUGCCUAUCACACAAACUGAAAGUGCUUCCAAAGUUACUUCUGGUGCAAUUUAGGAGAAAUGCCAUGUACUGUAGUAAGAAAAAAAUAUAUAUAUAUAUAUAUUUUUUAUUCAACUGCAAGAGAUUGCUUUAAGAAUAGCCAUUCUUAAAACUUUUCCAUAAUGCACAAUAGUUUUGGCCAUUAUUUUUCAUUGCAAAGCUAACCUAUCAAGAGGUAAGACGACGUCCUCUGAAAAUGACGUGGUGCUUUUUGCACUGUUAGAGCGCGAGUUCAUCAUGUUUCAUUGGCUUCGUGUGCUCCUCUCUGGAAAUGAAGUGAAGGAUGCUCCCAGCUCUUACAAAAUGCUCUGACAUCACUAGAUGAGAAGUGUGGAGUAUUGCCACAACAGGGAGCUUCUAAUCCAAUGUCAUGUUUCGGUACGCUUCUUGCUUAUUAAGAGGUCUGUUUACAAGGCAUUGUAAACACUGUUCACUGCUAACCCAAGAUAUCUUUUCACCAUGGAGCAGAUUACUGUGCCUCUACAUUUACAUGAUCUUAUUUUUGUAUUCAUUCAAUAAAUGGGGCUCUGGAAGGGCA